UAUUUUUCCUCAGAUAUUUUUGCGUUACUUUCACUAAUUAAAACCAAUUCAAAUGUUGUUUGUUAAUUUAAAAUAAUUUAUAAAUAGUAAUAAGAAUUGCAAUUUAUGGAAUGUACAACUACUGCAUUAUGCAGUGGCUAUAUAAUUUGCAACAUGUUUAUUAACUGAUACUGUUACUGAUUAUAAUCUUACUAACAGGAGUAGAGAUUACCACACCACUGGUUAUUCGUUUACUUUAUUUAUAGACAAACAUUUUGUCCUGUUAUAAAUAUUGAUUAGUGGGAAUAAAAUUAGCAUUUUUUUUCCCCUAGUAAAUGUGGACUGUAAAACUGAAACCAUUACAAAGUAUAAUAAUUAAACUAAGACUUCUGGUUGACCAAUAAAGAACAUGGUAAAAUUCUGACACUAUGGGCAUUUGAAACCUAUGUUUUUAAAAUUUGUAAUCAUAUUUUAGCAAUAUUAAAUUAUAUUGCUCUCCUCUUUCAUUAAUUUAUUAAAUAGUUUAAUACAUAUUUUAGUAAGUACUCUCUUCUUGUAUGCACAUGUGGGCUCCUAAAUAACACAGUUGUGGAGCUUUUAUUGUGGUUAAAAAAACAUUUUUUUGUUCUCACAACUAAAAACAACUCCAAUCCCCUUACCUCCUAAUGAGACUACAGGUCCACUUCCUAUGCCUCGUGUUAAAUGAGACUUAGUUUGCAAACAUAUAGAGCUACAAUGGAGAACAGUAGCUUGCUAUUGGACAGGCUCCCUAGUAUAAAUAAGAAAUAUAUUUUAAAAUUUUUUUGAUGGUUAUUAGUUGUCAAAGAUUGUGAGUGUCUUGGCAACAUAAUUUUACCUAUGUGAUGCCAAGCAGCAAAAUCAUCAAGCAGUAUUGAUAGCUUGGGGUUGUCUUGAGAAUUUAAUCAGAUGUGAAACAUACAUUGGUAAGUUACUCUCAUCCGUGAUGUUUCUGUAGAACAGUCUCGAGCAGAAAAAUCUCAAUGGUUUCUUUUGUUGCUGCUUUUUUCAGUGCCCAGUAUGAGCAGGUUAUUGCAAGGUCUUUCAUCAGAUCUCUUUGUGUGUAUUUCACUAUUUACAUUUACAUUGUUUAAAUUAUGUUAGCAGAAAAUAUUUAUAAUUAUUAAAAACAAUAGCAAAAGUAAACCCAAAUUUAGAUAAUUUACUAUUAAAAAGACCAGAUAAUUAAAAUAAUGAUUUUUUAACUAAAUGAUCAUAUGCUAGAGAAAUUGUUGAUGUUCACAGCAUACACUAAUUUUGUGUAUUCUUGUCAAGUAGUAAAAUACAGUUAAUCACUUGGAAUAUUGUUUGUAUUAUCUUGUUCUGUAGGCUGAUAAAGUACAUGAACUGGCUGAAUCAAUUGGCAAAAAAGUUAUGGAAGCAGAGAAACUUGGAGCUGAGGGCAAUGUAGAAGAAUCAAUGAAGAUGAUGCAGGAGGUUGAAGAAAUAAGAAAGAAGAAAAGUGAAGCAGAGGAAGAAUACCGUCAAUCCAUGCCAGCAUCAACCUACCAGCAACAGAAACUACGUGUGUGUGAAGUAUGUUCAGCAUACUUGGGUCUUCAAGAUAAUGACAGGCGUCUAGCUGAUCACUUUGGUGGCAAAUUGCACCUGGGUUUCAUUGAAAUUCGUGAAAAGCUUGCAGCUUUAAAGAAACUUGUUGCUGCUAAGAAGGAAUCUAGAGAAGCAGAAAGAGCAAAGAGACGCGAAGAGCGAGAGAAAGAAAGGGAUAAGGAGUUGCAACAUAGAAAGAGGAGAUCACGGUCUCGAAGUAGAAGAUCUCGCUCCCGAGACAGACGUCGCAGAUCAAAAUCUCGUGAAAAAAGCAGACGUUCACGUGAACGCCACAGAAGAUCACGAUCACGUUCAAGGGAUAGACGUAGACGGUCGCGUUCAAGAGAAAGAGCUAGUCGCAGACGUUCCCGUUCCAGAAGUUACGAAAGAAGAUCACGUUCGCGUGACAAACGCUCUUGUGACCGCAGAUCUCGAGAAAAAAGUAGUAGAAGGUCAAACGAUAGGGAAGACAGAAAUGGAGACAGAAGAAGUGUCAGUGUGGAUUGAUAGCAGCAACAAGUGAUUUUAUGCUAUCUAUUCUGUAGUCCUGUUUUUUACAAAAAAAAAAUAUUCUUUGCAAAGAUUAAAGUAUUGUGUACAUAGUAGGAUUGAUGGCAUUUUAAUGUUAUAGGCAUGAAGGCAACAUUAUUGUUAAUCCUAAUGUUUCACAGGGAUGAUGGCAACAUAUUGUUAACCUUUAAUGUUUCUUAGGGAUAAGGCAACAUUGUUGUUAAUGCUUCAGUGGGAUAAUGACAACAUUAUUAUUAACCUUAAUGUUUCAUGGGGAUAAUGGCAUAUUGUUUAACUUUAAUGUCUCAAAGGCAUGUUGGACAUUAUUGUUAGCCUUAAUGUUUCAUGGGGAUGAUGGCAACAUUGUUGUUAACCUUAAUGCCUUAUAGGAAUGAUGGCAAGUUUAAUUUUGUGUAUGUAAAAUUUCCCUAGGAAUGUUGGCAACAUCGUUAUUGUUAAUUUUUUAUAGUAAUGAUUGCAAUGUCUCAUUUAUACUUUUUAAGAAAUAUAGUAACAUCAGUUUUGUUAAUUUAAUAUUUCUUCAAUCUUCACAUUAGUUUAUGCUUUUCAUGCAAUCAAAACACUUUCGAUUAAUACUGUUAAUGCUUCUUAGGACUGCAUGCAACAUUGAUGUUGUUUCCUUAAUGUUUUGUAGGAUUGAAGAUAAGUUAAAGUGCCCUUUAAUAUUUGUAAGAACUGAUAUCAACCUUAAAUAAUGUGUAAUUUUAAUGCCUAUGAUUGUACUAAAGUAAUAUUAUAUAAUGUUUAGAUAUUGCAAUUCUGACAAACUUUUUCAAGUUGGUUGCUUUAUGUAAAUCAAUUCAACAGCUAUAUCAAGUAAAUAUUGUAGUAUUAUGGCAGCAAUUUUUUAUUUAGCAUGCUAACUACAGCAUAGUAUGUCUGGUAUGAAUUACAUUUUAGUUUGUAUACAGUAAUGCAUUCUCAUUUGAUUUAUUAAAUCCUAAUAUUAGAGUAUAUAAUCAAUAACAAUGUUGUAUAUAAUUGUUUGUGCAGAUGAUUUUUUCAAUUCCCAAAUACUGUAACUUAAAAUGAUCAUCAGCAUUGGCGGUGUGGUAAUACUGUGCAUUUGAAUGUCAUUGUAAUGUGAUAAACAUCUCAGUGGUGUGGUAAUAAUGUGCAUGCAUUUGAAUGUCAUUGUAAUGUGAUAAACAUCUUGGCGGUGUGGUAAUACUGUGCACGCAUGUGAAUGUCAUUGUAAUGUGAUAAACAUCUUGGCAGUGUGUUAUACUGUGCACGCAUUUGAAUGUCUGUGGCAGGUCUUGUAAUUGAGUCAGCGUGUAUAUACAGUAUAUUUCAUGAUACUUUUAUGAUGACUUUGUGAUGAUAGUUUGAAGAUUUUCUUUGAUAUUAAACAUACAAUUAUUACUGUA